UCACUGCUCAUGCGCAGAUUUUUUAUCGGUAAAAAAAAAUCGGCCGAUUUGCCCACUAAUUGCCGCGAAAAUCGGCCGAUCGGCAAAAUCGGCCGAUUUUUUUCCAAUUUUACCGAAAAAAAAAAAAAAAAAAACGGCCAAAAUACCAAAAAAAAAACGGCCGACCAAAUCGCCCACUAACGAUCCGAAAAUCGGCCGAUUUUAUUUUCGGCCGAAAAAAAUCGGCCGAUUUUCGACCCAUCUAUGGCCUGCAUUAAGGUCAGAAGCAUGUAAAGAACCGUAUAGCUAUCAUA